GAGGGAGGAGGGUGGAAACAGGGGCGGGCGGGCCGCGCCAGUCGGGAGCCGCGCCGAGCCGACCUGAGCCACGCCGAGGCGCCGAGCGCGGCGACCGACCCCCGAGCACCCAUGCUGCUGACGCUGGCCUGCGGCUCGCUCUUCUUCCCGGGGCUCUUCGCACUGUGCACCUGGGGGCUGCGCCGCGCGCGGCCCGCCUGGACCGACAGCGACUGCGUGAUGAUCAGCACCAGACUGGUUUCUUCAGUGCAGGCUGUGUUGGCCACCGGGUCGGGGAUCGUCAUCAUCCGCUCCUGUAACGACGUGAUCACGGACAGGCACUGGCUUGCCCGGGAGUACGUCUGGUUCUUGAUUCCAUACAUGAUCUAUGACUCCUACGCCAUGUACCUCUGUGAAUGGUACCGAACUGGAGACCAGAGCCGCAGACAGUCCCUCACCACUUUUCAGAGCUUCCUAAGUAAAAACCGUCUCAUGAUCACGCACCAUGCGGUCAUUCUGUUUGUCCUUGUGCCAGUGGCACAGAAGCUUAGGGGAGACCUUGGUGACUUCUUUGUUGGCUGUAUCUUCACGGCAGAACUGAGCACUCCAUUUGUGUCGCUGGGCAGAGUUCUGAUUCAGUUAAAGCAGCAGCAUACCCUUCUGUACAAAGUGAACGGAAUCCUCACACUGACCACCUUCCUCUGCUGUCGGAUCCUUCUUUUCCCUUUCAUGUACUGGUCCUAUGGCCAACAGCAGGGACUAAGCCUACUCCAAGUGCCAUUCAAUAUCCCUUUCUACUGCAACGUGGCCAAUGGCUUCCUCAUCGCUCCCCAGAUCUACUGGUUCUCUCUGCUGUGCAAAAAGGCAACACGGCUCUUUGAUGCUCCCCCAGCCCGAAAGGAUGGGUAAUUGCUCUCCGGAGUCGGGCAGUGAGGGUGCCUCCUCACACCAGCUGCCUCCUCCACUCAAUCAAUAUUCUAUGGACCAAAUUGUGCCCUGGGUGGCCUCAGCCCUUGGGGUAUUGAUAACCAGAGGGAUUUGAGUUUUUCUAAAGAAUAUUCAUAUUACCUCCCUCUUCUAACCUACCCCUUUUGCAAAAGCACUUUUUUGUUAGUAACAACUAUCGGCUUCUGUCAGAUUUCCAUUGGUAGCAAGGUGGUUUCAAUGCAAGCCCAAGGAUCCUUCCUUGGGUCUUAGCUCAAAGGUUCUGGGAGGUAGAAGCAUGGGGUAUGGAGACAGGUAGACUAGGCUGGUAAGUGUUUGGGCACCCGCCUGGCCCUAAUAUUGGUGGCUACCCACCUUUCCAACCACUCAGGGCAGUAUCCACACAUACCGGGCCAGCAGAAGCAAGACUUGGUUCUUCACGUCAGUUCUUGUGAUGUCAGCCUGGGAAAAUCACUGUGUGUAGGUAGUUUUUUAUCACUUACUAGAUAACCCAUUGGUCCCAUGACUCAUCCUGUCAUCCACGUGCCAACACUGAAUUCCUGUGUCCACUGACUUCCAUUCAGAAGUCUUGCUGGCAGCAGGGUAAGAGGUGGGGAAGGGAACCUACAGCACUUGAGUAGGCAGAGAGGCCGAUAGAUCAGCGCCUUCGUAGGCUGCCUUGGGAAGACCAGUGUCAAACGUGAGCUUGUUGUAAAGUCACAGAUGCUGUUCCUGUUUUAGCACGUUCCCUCAAGCCCAGCUUUCCCCGUAUCCACAGGCACAGGAUGCUGUUGUUACGAUAGGGGUAAAGCGAACGGUGCCUAUCAAGCUCUUUACUGGGUAACCCUGCUUUGACACUGCCCUUUCCACAUGACAUGGAAGCAGGCUUCUGUAUUCCAAACCGUGAGAUGUCUCAUCCAGGCUGCCAGAUAAACCAGAGCCUGUGUCCCAAAGCCUGUUCCUACAUGAGCAUAUGGCCACUUUGCCACAGAAGGCUGGAGAGCAAGAGCGCAACACAGCGCUGGCCAAAAUACAUCCUGUGGACUGACUCCUUCACCCGCCACUUGCAAAUAGGAUCCUCUGGUGCCAGUACUAAUCGUUCCUUAUCAACUAGGAUGGUUUUUAGAAACUGCUACCAUGAAGUGUUUUUGCAAGUGGUAGUAAAAAUCUAGAUGUUUUUAAAGUGCCUUUUAAUUCAUUGUUGUCCAUGAACUUUUAAAGUACUGGGUAUGUAACGGUGUCUCAAAUUUUGACUGUUUCAGUCUUUUAAUGGGUGCCAUUUAAAAAACCUAAAAUGCUGUAAUUUUUUUUUUUUUUUUUUUUUUUUACCAUUUUUAUUAUCGGUAUAUCUUUAUAAAUCACCCCUGUGGUGAUUAAAUUGCACUAACAUUUCCCAGCUUCUUCUCAUUUGUGAAAUACAUCAAUACUGACUUCUUUCCAGACCCA